GGCAUACACACAAUGGAAAACUACUACUAUCAGUGACGGGAUUGUCUGGUUUGUACCGCCAAAAUUUUGAUUCAGAAAUGUUUUAACCGUCAAAGCAAACGGUCAGUUAUAUUUUUGUCUGAAACAUACCAAAGUUUUUACAUUUUACUAUCAAUGAUAUCCUCAUAUUAAUUAGUAUUCAAAACAUAAUUUAUGAAACAUUUAUAUCAACGUGAUAAACAUUGUAGUACACACGUGGUUUUAGUAGUAAAGACUUACUCAUUCGUAACGGAAUAGUGUACUCAGUACUGCUCCUGAAAUUGCAUUACAUCAAUUCAAAAUGGACAAUAAAAAAGAGGAAAUUAAUGUGGAUGUGAUAAAGGAAGAGGAUGAAGAUGUAGUAGAUGAAGAUGCUACUGAUGACUCGAAAAACCAGUCCAAAAGCGAUGAAACGGACAAAGAGGUUGAACAUCUUUCAAAACCUCCACCAGUUACGUUUUCUGUGUCAAUUCCAAGUGACAAUGAAGGAUCAGGUGAACAGCCCGCUGAAUCGACUCCAAUGUUGGGGAGAGAAUCUGAGAAUGGGAGGCUGACAUACAAUCUUAAUGAUAUGGAGGUUGUUGAAGUGACUGAAAUUGAAUUACCACUAAAACCAGGACAGCCUUCAGUGCUGAACAGUGAUCUCUCCCUUCCCCCGGGCACGGGCUCUUUUGGCGACAGUAGUGUGGACACAGCUGAAAAGAAAUCUGGGGAUGGGGAGCCUGAGCGGGCUACUUGGGGCGGUCAGCUUGAGUUUCUUCUAACAUGUGUUGGUUAUGCGGUCGGUCUGGGCAACGUGUGGCGUUUCCCGUUUCUGUGCUACAAAAAUGGAGGAGGUGCGUUCCUGAUCCCUUACAUUAUCAUGUUGGGAGUGGUUGGUCUGCCCCUCUUCUACAUGGAGCUCUCCAUUGGACAAUUUGCUUCCCUGGGACCCAUUACCAUCUGGAAAUUCAACCCACUAUUGAAAGGUGUUGGAUACGCGUCUGUGAUCGUUAAUUGGUUUAUAGCCCUCUACUACAAUGUUAUCGUAGCCCAGUGUAUAUUUUACUUCUUCGCUUCAAUGACAUCUGAAUUACCAUGGACACGAUGCGAUAAUGAAUGGAAUACGCCCAACUGUACAUUCGAUAAUGCAACAAGAUUUGCAGCCGCAGCGAAAAACUUGACGGUGACGGCGACACCGUCAGAAGAAUAUUAUAGGCGAUAUGUGCUGGAGCAGUCUUCUACCAUCGAGGACUUUGGUCUGCCGACAUGGAAGUUGACGCUAUGUCUGCUGUGUGCCUGGGUCGUUGUGUGGCUUGUGCUGCUUAAGGGCAUCCAGAGUCUCGGAAAGGUUGUGUACUUCACCGCACUGUUUCCCUACCUCAUGUUGACCAUCCUGUUGGUUCGGGGUGUUACACUAGAUGGCGCCAUCGACGGCAUCAUCUUCUACCUUAAACCCAAUUUUGAGAAGCUUGCUGACCCAAGGGUGUGGUCAGACGCAGCUACCCAGAUCUUCUACUCCCUCUCAGCCUGUACUGGUGGUAUGAUCGCCAUGUCCAGCUACAACAAGUUUAACAACAACUGUUAUAGGGACUCAAUCAUCGUUGCAUGUGUAAACUGCGCCACAAGCAUAUUUGCGGGAUUUGUGAUAUUCUCCAUUCUUGGAUUUAUAGCUCAUGAGAAGGGAGUCAGCGUUGAGGAAGUUGCCACUGAUGGCCCAGGUUUGGCGUUUGAGGUAUACCCAGAGGCCCUUGCCCAGAUGCCCGUGGCCCCGAUGUGGUCAGUCUUCUUCUUCCUGAUGAUGCUUACGCUGGGCUUCGGAUCAGAGUUUUCAAUGGUAGAGUGCCUGUUGAGUGCGUUUGCAGAUGAAUACCCCCAGUGGCUGACGAAGACACGUGUUCGAUCAUUUUUGUAUCGAACUAUAGUCAUGUUUGCCUGUUUUCUUCUCGGCCUUCCAAUGGUCACUAACGGUGGUAUGUGGUUGUUAAAUCUGGUUGACUACAGUGUAAGUGGCUUCCCUCUGCUCUUUGUCGGUCUCUUGGAGUGUAUCGCCCUCAACUGGAUAUAUCAUUUUGAAAGGUUUGCAGAAGAUAUUGAAAUGAUGCUAGGAUAUAAGCCAGGCAUUUACUGGCGGAUAUGCUGGAAAUUUCUCACUCCAUUUAUUAUAGUGUUGACGAUAUUGAUGAACAUGGUAUUCUACAAGGAGCCUGACCUUGACGGUGUGUUAUAUCCAACCUCUGCCAAGGUCGUUUCAUGGUUGAUUGCUAUGUUUCCAAUGGCAGUCAUGGUUGGCUGGUUCCUGUACGAAUAUUGUAAAAAUAGUGGCGGAUAUGAGUUAAUGAAGUUGAAGAUGCAGCCUACACAAGACUGGGGCCCAGCCAACACAGUAGAUCGCGAGCGACACCAACGAUACCAUGGAGACUUCUUGCCACUUUUAUGUAUGGACCCAGUCCUGCUGGGCAAACUCAUGGGCAGUAAUAUGUCAAACAUAUCAAAUAUAUCUGAGGGAGAGAUGAGAAACAGACUACGAGGGCUGACCCCAGCUCAGUCAGAAGCUGUUUUACAGAUAAUCACGAGUGCCAGCAACGCAGGAACCCCAAACCUGACCCCCGCAGCGUCCCUCCUUGCUAUCGCGCGUUCCAACGGUAGUUUCUCCCAGCUGCACCAAAGGUCGAGUCGACGUAGCCAUACAGUCAGUGAAUGCUCCGAGUUGUAGAUCUAGCCAUCAUUGUGUUGUUCUGAGUUCUGCUCAUGGUGUCUGAUUGGUCAACACAGAACCAGACUGGUUCCAGCUGCUGGGCAGAUGUUUAUACCAGUCUAAGAAAGUAAUGAAACAAAUAACGCUGUACUUUGCUGGAGGAUAUAUGACAAUAAACAAACUGUGUGGCUUCCAGAUGCAAAAUAAAAGUGAUGACCUGGAUAUACAUUAACGAAAGAAAUCGUGUAAAGCAUUGUUAGGUUACACCUUAAAAGAGAUUUCAAACAGAUUGACUGUUAACUCAGUGUUGUUAAAGUAAAAGUUUCCAUUUAGUUAAAAAAAACUAACAUAUUAUUUAAAAUUCGGUAAGAAUCAUAGACUUUCAUUUUAGUUAAAUUGUAGCAGUGGUGUUUGUCAAUUUUAAGGAAGGAUGCGAUCAUGUCAUAAUUAUAAGAAUAUCUCAAACCAGAAAUAUUAAAUAGGCAGUAUGUUUUUGUAUUUUUUUUCAUUUUUUACUUUUCUGGUUUGUGAAGCAAAAUUAUGAACAAAGAAAUAAUUUAAUAUUUUAUUGUUUUUUCCUAAAACAAUAGCAAGGCACCGCAAGGGGGCUUAGUCAUGUAAACUAAUGACAAGGAGUGAAAGUGAUUUUUUUUUAUUAUAUGCUUUCCGGUGGAUUAUAGAGUUUCUCAGUUCCAAAUCAAACAUCAGCGGGCACAGGGCUGGGACAAAAUUUCAGCAACGUCAUUUCCGAAAUGUGCCACUUGUGAAAUAUUAUUUUUGAUGCGCACUCAGUGAAAAAUAUUUCCAUCUUACACUGAAGCAAACAAUAAUCCUCUAUAUCACUGGCUUCAAAUUAAAAAAGCAAAUAAAAUCUUUUCGCUUUCACCCAUUUAUGACUUUCCAAACCAGGUGGCGAAGUGGCACUCUGGGACGGCUAGGCUCGGAACAUGAGCAUGUAUCGGUUUUCUGUUUUAGUUGCUUUAUAUGUAUAAUUUAUAUGAUGUUAAUGAUUCCAAUGUAUGUAUAACUAUGGUGAAAGUUUUUUUUCACCUUAAGUAAUGGGGAAAAAUCAAAGUUACUUCAUAUAUGUGAUCUUUUACAAAUAUUUUUAUCAAUUCACAUAAAUUGCCAAGGUUUAGUCAGUUAUUUUUUAAUCAUAUCGACUGAGUAUUUAUGAAGCUGUUAUUGCCAAGAUAUUUUGUUUUAAUGAUACUUUUCUCAAGAAUCAAUAGCCAUAUGAUAAUGGGCGCAAACAAUCAACAACCAUAUGAUAAUAAUUGCAAAGCAUAGGUGGCAGUACUGGUCAGGCGUUGUGAGGAUACAGUCUCAUUAUAUCAUCAAAUAGAUAUCAAAAUACUUAAUUUCAUUCUGUUUUUUUCUAUAUAUAAACAGUGAAAAGAAAAUACUCCUUUUACCAUACUACAUUGCUACUGCCACCUAUGGCUUGAAAACAAAGAAAUAUGAGGGUAAUGACUUUGUUCUAUAUAACUAGAUCUCAGACUUCGAACAUCUAAUGGAUGGAAAUUUUAGCUUCCUUAGAGUAUUUUUUAGAACUAUCCUCUGUUUUAUUAUUAAGUUAUCAUACAAAACAUUGUACAUAUUUCAUUUGUAUUUUAUUUUGUUGGUAUGAGAAGGGAUUGUAUGGAAAUGUAGUGCGUUUUUUGUGUGUUGCAACUGUUUUUUUCAAGAGACAUUUGUUCAUUGUUGGGAAUUUGACUAGAUUUUAAAACCGCACCAAAUGAUUGAUUAAUAAUGAAAUAUUAUGUGUGUACAAAUUAUUGUUUUCAUUUAUAACAGUUAUUACAAUCUGAAGUAUUUAACAGGGAAUAUUAAUACUGUUCUUUUUAUUCAAGUUUUAUUCAGUUAAGUCAAGACAUACUUACCAGGGUAUAUAACAAAAUGAGCUUUGAAGUGAGCAUCUCAUACAUAGGACGAGGCAUUGAAAACAUAUUUAACAGGGAAUAUAAAUUCUGUUGUGUUCUUUUUAUUCAAGUUUUAUUCAGUUAACCCUUUAGCGCAUGUAUACGAGAUAGGCCGACAUAGCUCAUUACCAGAUGUAUACGCAUUUGGCCGACCGUAUCCAUUACUGGAUGUAAACGCAUGGCCCGCAUAUUUCAAUAGGGUCAUUUCAAUAUUUCAAUUUUGCAUCUUUCUUUUUGUAAACAAUAUCCCGGAUGUUUAUAAAAUUAAAGUUUAACCUUUUGUGUAUUGAUUUUCCCUUGAAAAUAUCGUCUGCUAAAUUGAGAAGGUGUUUAUACUCCCAAUCGCAGGUGUGAUAUCCCAUUGUGACGUAAUGAGACCACGAGCUAAGUACUGUAUGGAAUUUCCCCCAAAUUCAUUGAUGCGUAAAUCAUUAAAUAUAUUACGUCAGUUCAGUUUACCAUUAAAAUCAAUUGAGAUUAUAUUUACUUAAAGGUAAUAUUUUGUUUACAAACAAAAGAAACAAUUAGUAAAUGAGAAAAUGAUGGGUAAAUUUUAUGUGAAGCUUAUAUAAUGUCCAUCAUAGUUUUGGCUGUAAAAUAGGUCAUGUGCAAGCGUUUUGUUUGAUCUAGAUCUUUUUAUUCAUACCGGAAAAUCAUUUAUCGGCUUUCUUUUUUGUAAACAAUUUUAUGAGGGGGUAAUAAAGUUAAACAGACACCUUGGACUGGAUCUCUCAGCUGGAUGACACCGGAUAUUCCUGACAUAUUUCUGUGUCUUAAUACACAAGAACAUAAAUUGUCGGCUUUUUAAUCCAGAUGGGUCUUUUUUAUGAUAGGGGUAAUAAAAAUUAGAUCGAUCACAGCAUUUUAUUACCCUUUGAUUUAAUGCAAUUAUGACAUUUCAAAGAAAUGUUACAAAUCCAUCUUGAAAAUACAUUCACAGCUGAAAUAAAAUAAUUUAAUAUUUCAUCAUUGACACCAUUUAUUAGAUAAUUUAAUUAUCUAUAAAAAAUGAAUUCACAUAAAAAAGAUUUGGACACAAUUAUUUGGAGUAACAUUGAUUUUAAGGUCAUACUGCUGUAUUCAUUUUCUCAUUUUCAAAUAUCCAGAAAAGUAUCUAUGCAGAUAAGGACUGCUUAUCAGUAAGAUGGCUAUUGACUGGGAGGUGUAAUCUGGCCACUUGUCUAUGUGCUAAAGGGUUAAGUCAUGAAAUACUUACCAGGGUACAUGACAAAAUGGGCAUGAACAUCUUAUACAUAUGAAGAGGCAUUGUAAAACGUAUCACAAGCAUAUAUCAUUAUUAUCAUCAUGGCAUAAAGAGGAGUCCAUUAUAUUUUUAAAUUAAUUUGAAGAAGAGAUUCAUGGUAAAAAUGGUCUAAAAAUCCAGAAACAACCUCUUUAAAAUGAUUAUGACAAAAAUUGAUUUUGGCAGUUGCCCAAAUGGACAAUCAAAUUUGAAAGUAAAUCCAUCAUCCUAUACCUUACAUGUAUUUUUGGUUAGCCUGGACUUAUAAUUGUGAAGAUAAUUUGUCAAUGCAUAAAAAUUGAAUCCAGAUUUGAUUGUUAAUUGUGGCAAAGAACAGUGUUUUAACUUAAGCACAUGGAGCAAGAAUUAAUGUUUUAGGUUUUUUAUAUUAUGCAUGAAAUGUAUUCUAGAUUUUAUCGUAGUAUAUUCGGAAAUUUUCAGAAACAUUACUGUCAAAAGUGUUGUACCAAAUUUCUAUGACAAUAUCAAGAAGUUAAAUGCUAUUUAAUUUUUUAAAACAUGCAUUUUAAUUAUUUAGUUAAAGAUGCAAUUUUUAUUAUACUUUCUGUCAAAUUGUUUAGGUCAAGCGUUUGAAGACAUCAGUUUUACAAAUGUUUUGUAAAAGAUUCAAUUCUUUCACCCAAUUGAUCAUCAGAUUUGUGAUUUUUCGACUUAAUAAAUGUAUUGAGCUUGCUAAAAGGAUCUUAGCAUUGUAAUUUGUCAUGAACUCAUUAGUAAAAUUGGCACCAAUUUUCUAAAAAUAUCCAAAAUAAACAUGCUUUCUUCAGUGAGCCAUUUUAUGUUUACAAAACAAAAAUAGUAAUUUUGAGAUGAUCUUAAAAACUGUCUCCUUAAAAAGUCACAAACCUCCUUAAUUGGAAAAAAAAUAAACAAUUUCCACAAAACAAAAAAAUAGUGUUGUUUAAGAAUUGGGCCUGGCCAAUAAUACUGUAUUAAAGUGAUGCUCAGGUGUUUUAAUCGUGGCAAACUAGUCCUAACAUUGAAUGUUCUAUCCAGGUGCUUGUUAUGUAUUGUAUUGUACAAUUGUAUAUAUUAAUAUUUUUAGUUUAUUUAAAAUAUAGUUUUACAGUAUGCCUUAGUAAUAUUAUGUAUUAAUGUUUUAAGCUUAUUUAAAAUAUAGUUUUAAAGUAGGCCUUAGUUGUUACAUUUCAAUUUUUAAUGGGUUUUAAUCUGUAUAUAUGUCAAAAUGAAUGCUUUUAUUUUAUUUUAUUUUUAAAUAAAUUCUCAACUUUAGUAGAAAUUUCGUAGUUAUGCUAUUUUGAGUUGUUGUUUUUUAAGAAUAUAAUAGAUAUCAGUUUACAAAGUACAAAUUUUAAUAAUUUAUGAAAAGAAAAUCUUGAUUCUUUUACAAAUACUUUUACAUGCUAAAAUAAUUGUUUUAAAUAAAAUUCAAAAUAUUGCAAGUUAUGUUUAAUGCUUUUUUGGGAGAAGGGGUUUGGGUUGCAUAAUACUAAUAAGUUUUAAAACACACAAAAAACAUUUGUACAUGUUAACUGAUGUAUUCUACAUUUAAAAACAUGAUAAGAAAAAAAAAAUGGUUGAGAAUUGUGUUUAUGUUUAUUGUUGUAAAGUACUGUCACAUUCAGUCUGUGUGAUUUUUAUGUGGAGUGUGAGUUUUUACCAUAAUUAUGUUUUAAUAUUCAUAAUGUUAUUCUACUUUAUUAUGGUCUUUUUGCAAUGUUUGUGUUCAGUUUCAUAUCAAUAAGGCAUUCGACACACCUGUCUAAUAAAAGUAGUAGGGCCGUUUGUUUUUAUAAAAAAAUCCUACCAUUUUCAUGCACUAUUUUCAAAGAUUUUUGGUGAUCCCUAUGAAUAGAAGAGGUUGUAUUUUUGGGUUGGAAAACAUACCUGUAAUUUGUAAAUGAAUUUGAAAGUUUCAACAUACAUGUACUGGAGUUACUUCAAUAAUAUUUUUUCUGAAAUGAAAUUGUUUAAUUUACAUAUUCAAUAAAUCUGAUUUGAUUCCACUUAUUGAUUUUCAUUGAAAACUUUGUUAUAGUUAUAUUGAUGAUUUAGCUUUUACAUGAUAAGUACAGAUUGUAUCAUUAAUUAUGUACGUGAAGUACUGUAAGACAUUCUGGCCCAUAUUCAUUGCCGUCAGGGGCCAUGAUUAUGAACAGCUUCAAGUCCAAGUUCAGACUCAGACCCAGAAAAGUACUUUCAUUAUCAUUUUUAAUCUAUUCAUUUAACUUUAACAAAAGCAAAUAAUUGCACACUUUCAAAUAGUAAUAAAAUUCAACAAACUUGACUAAAAGAAAAGUUACAAUGAAUUGGAAGAUUUGCAGUUUUGCUACUCAAGGCUGGACUCUGACUUCAGACUGUUGGUAAUCACAUCACAGCCCUAGGAGCUGCAAUAUACCUGUUCUGUUUACAUGUAUACUCUCAUUAAGAAUCUCACUAUGGGUAUGUUAUACAUGUUUCGUCAUUCCUGCCAUAUAUAUAUACAGUGUAUCUAUACAUGCACAACUUUUUGUUAUAGAAUUAGUUUGGUUUGAUUCCAUGACUUAGUAUGAGUAUUAAAGACUACAUAUGUCUCUAUUACUAGCUUUAUUCACAUAACUGUGUUUUUGUAUGGUAUAGGACUUUGUAUAAGUGGGUCGAUUGGAAAGAAAUAUCGAGGUUUUGUCUGUCUUGCUGUCACCGCAUCAGAAUUGGUUUAAAAAGUUCAAGCCUUGGUGGCCAAGGUUUCAAAAAAAAGUGUUCAAGAUAUUUAUAUGAAACUUGGUAUACAUGUUACCAGAGAUGCUAUCCACGUGCAUAGCAAGGCCAAUAACGCUGGCUUUGAUAUUUGUCAAGUUAUGCCCCAUUGUUUGUCUGAAAAACAAAAAAAAAGGGCGAGCAUUGGGGUUCACUCUGCGGCUCUCUUUUUUGUAAAACCUACGACAUUGUUACUAUUUUGGUCUGAUUUUCCUGUAUUUUAACACUAGUGCCCUGUUUAUGAGCAUCAAUAAACGAAUGAAGAGCAAUCAUUAAUGUAAAAGUAAGGAAAGCAUUUGCAGAUUAUAACGAAUAUUCUACUUAUUAUUGAAAUAUACUGUACUUUAACUAAAAAGCUUAUAAUCAAUUGUUUGCGACUGAUGAUUAUUUAUAUCACAAAUAACAAAUGCAGUUUUAGAAUGUGUUCUUUUUUGUCUUAUUUAUUUGUCACUCAAUCUUUGUGUUUUAAAAAGAUGAUUUACUGUAGACGAACAAAUAAAAUGUGAUAGUAAAAAUA